GAAAUUCUUCAACACCUAGGUGAAAACCGAAGCUGUGUGCUGUAUUUUUGUUAUUAGACGUGAUUGAGCCUAGAAAUCUGUCAAAAUGAGUGAACAACUGAAAUAUAUUGUUAGUGAACUUAACAAGGAACCUUUUAAAAAGAACUAUAAUUUAAUUAGUUUUGAUGCAUUGGAAGGAAUUCAGCUGCUACAAAUUCUAAAUGACAUUUUUUCUGAAAUUAACCCACAGCACAAGAUGGAUAUACGAGAAGAAGAACCUGAACAAACUGCUGUACGAAUGAUGGGUGUCCUUUCAGUGUUAAAGUAUCAGCCAAAGGAAGAUCCGAGUCAAUUUCGAUUGGCAUUGGUUACUGGUGAUAAGUUAGUACUUCAUCCUGUGUUAGCAUGGACAUUACAAAGAAUACCUGAAUUGAAGAAGCGUGCCUAUUUAUCAAAGUAUUUAGUUAGAGUUCAAGUACCAGAUGAGUUCAUGUCAGAUCCCAUUGUACAAGAGAUACAUGAACAGUAUAUUGAGUUAGUGGAUUCCUUCACAAUACUGCACAAGGAUGCUGAUAAACUACGAACUUCCACAUUCUCUACGGCAGAGAUCAGAAAAGAUAUCAGUCAAAUGGAAGAAGAAAAGGAGCAACUUCUGAAAAGGAUAGAUAGGCUAAAGAAAAAGGUGGAGACUGUACCAAACCAUGAACGAAUGCUAGAAAUAGCCAGGAAUUUCAGGAAAGAAACUGAGAGAGAAACAACAGUUGCACAGCAGAAGUUAGACCAGAAGAAUCAGUUGCUUCAUGCGGAACAAAGAUAUCAACGUACAGUUCACCAGUUAAAGGAUCUGAAGCAAACCACUGCAGGAGCUAGUGCAGAAGGUCUUGUCAAGAAAUUGGAAGAAGAAAACAAAGUCAAUACAUAUCUUUGUCAAGAAAAGUUACCUAGAGAAAUUGAAGCUAAGCGUAAGACUGUGCAGGAUUUACAGAGGGUUGUAUCAGAACCUGCCAUGGGACAGUCAGAUUUAGAUGAACUUGACAGAAAGAUUCGUUCCAUGAAUGCUGAAAUCAACCAACUGAUUGAGAAAAGAAUGAUGAGAAAUGACCCAAUAGAUGAUAAACUAUCACUAUUUCGACAACAAGCAUCAAUUAUUGCCAGAAAGAAGGAAGCAGCUGCUGAGAGUCUGUCUGAAAACAAAGAGACUUUGCAGAGUUGUUUGCAGGAAGUCAGAGAGAAAAGAGAACAGGCUAAAAGCAUACAAGGGGAAGAAGUCCUCAAAGGAGAUGAUUUCAAACGUUAUGUCAACAAAUUGAGAGGCAAAAGCACUGUCUAUAAGAAGAAGAGACAAGAACUUGCAGAGCUCCGUGCUGAGUAUGGUGUAUUGUCAAGAACAGAAGAGAUUCUUAAACAAAGAGAUACACAUAUCUCAAAUGCACUGUCCCAUCUUGAAAACAGAAAGGGUGUUGCAGGUUACCAUGAUACCCAAGAAGAACUUGAGAAAGUGUCAGCCAUAAAGAGCGAAUUGGAUGAAAUGAAAGGAAAAACACUUGAAGACAUGUCAGAAAUGGUGAGAAAACUAACCCAAACCAUAGCAGCAAAGAAGACUGAUCUAGCACCUGUUAUAAAAGAGUUGCGUCCAUUACGACAGCGAUGUCAAGAGUUACAACAGGUGUAUGAUGAGAAGAAAGCUGCCUAUGAUAGCAUGGCUGCAGGGUUAGAGAGCAAUAGAUCCAAACUGGAACAGGAAGUAAAAGUUUAUCGUGAAGAAUGUUCUCAAGAAGAGAGUCGGUAUCAUUACCUAAACUGUAUGAUUAAAAUGAAUGAGAUUCAACAGACUAGAGUAGCUGACGAAAUGAAGGCAUAUGUAUCAUCUGAUCCAUUAGAGAAGAAAAAAGCAUUCAGAGAACAAUAUACAAGGAAAAUACAAGAACAAGAAAAUCUUGGAAAGGGGUUACGAGAGAAACAGAAGGCUGUGCGUGAAAGUCAUGGACCCAGUAUGAGACAGAUGAAAAUGUGGAAAGAUUUUGAAAUGCUGAUGGAGUGCAAGAAACAGUGUUAUUUCAAAGAACAGAACCAAGAAGAGUCUGGUACAGUGAUAAGAAAUGAUGAUGGGGAAGAUAGGUUUGUGUUGUAAGAUUUGAUUAAACCUCAAGAGGUGUGCUUAAACCUUUGUUGAGAACCCCCCCCCCCCCUUUCCCCCU